AUGGCUGCGCAAGCAGUUGCACUCAAGCACUCAUCGCUGUACGAUAUCAAUUCGAUUACGGUCCCUAUUCCGGAGAUUGAAGAAGGAGAAAUCAUUCAAAAUGUGAUCACAAAAGGCAAUCAAAUUAAACAGACUGAUAUGACAAAGAAUGGAACUUAUGAAGGACGACACAGUCAACCUGAUCACGAGGAGGAAAACGAAGGAGUCGAUGCUGCUCCAGCCCGGAAAUCAGAUUUAUCUACAGAGAAGGAGAGACUAAAUUCCGUGGCUAAAUCAGAUUCAUCACAAGAUCAUGUUCGACCACAAAGCUACGUAUCUCGUGCCAGUUUCGGUGGAACACAGAACAAAGCUCCCAUCGUACCUUUGCAGCCUAUAAAACGAGGAGCCUCUGAGGAACGGCCGCCAUUAGAGAAGAAACAGGAUCUGCUCUUUGCAUUUCCGAACUGUCCACCGCCUCGUAUAAGCCGAAUGUCUUCUCUGACUCCUGAAGAGCACGAGCGGCUCCAAAGUGUAAAUGCAAAGAAAAUAGAGGCAGUCAAGCUGACGAUGAAUGAGGCUUCGAUAUCAAUUGUGAGAACAAAAAGGCCGUCUUCGAAUAUGGACACAACGACUCCACCCAAGAAAAGAGGUCGUCCAAAAGGGAGCGUGAACAAGCCAAGAAUGAACGGUGCACAAUCAUCCAUUUCUCACGUCGCUAUACAACCUCGCCGUUGUCAGGCAGGACCGAGAAUUGGAGUUACUGCAAGAACGAUAGCGACUCAAUCAUGCUUGGAUUUGACUGAACAGGGCUUUCCACAUCGUUCUUCAGCUAUUUUUCGUCCCUCAUCACACGUUCUCGAUUCGGUCACCAAAGACGGGUACUCAUCGCAGCUACAAAACGAAAAGAUGUCAGAUACAGUAGGGUGUGAACGAACGAUACCAAAGCCAUCGAAAGGUAAUACGGAGGAGCGAAAUCGAGCAAAAAGAAGUACAUCGUCAAUACCUUCUGGAUUGUGUUCGAAAGCUGCCAGGAGUGAAACGAAUACUGAGGUUUUGGAAGACGUACCUUCUGACGAUGGUUGCGUCACGCCACCGUUGUGUAUAGUCGAAGACGCUUCUAAUGCCAGCACAACCUCUCACGAAACCCCGAAACCUGCGCGGCAGCUGAAGGCGAAAUCAAGGAAAAUAAGAUUUGGAAAGGAUGUGGACGCGUGGCUUCAAACUCUUAUUGAUGAGUUGAAUUCACUUCUACCAUCGUCAGAAGAUGAGGAGAAACUCAAAAUUGCAUGCGGUUUACAACGGUUAAUAAGUGAGCAAAGAGAAUUUCAACAUUUGACAUCAAUGAUCACGUUGUUAGAAACAGAAGUCAAUGAACGGUUCCAACAACGCAAGGAGGAAGUAGAUCGUCUACUGGAUGACCAUGUGGAAAAAAGGGUCGACAAUGGUCAUAAGAUUGCGGAGUCAGUUACUUCAAUGCGUUCUGAAGUAGCUCGAGUGGCUGAUUUGUGCAAGUCGAUGAAGGGAACUGUUUCGAUGCAUUCAAGUGAGCUCGAUAAAAUGCGAACGACAUUCGAGUCAUGCUGCGACUCAGUGAAUCAAACAGCAGCUGAGCUAAACGCGAAACUUGAGAACUUAAGACGAGAAACUGAGGAGAUUCGUAAUGCUUAUAUUGAUCAUCGUUCUCAAAGAUUUUCAAGCAUAUCCUGUUUGGCUGCUUUGUUGCCACCUCCACCUCCACCACCUCCUCAGCCUCCAUUACAUUCGAGAGAGGACCACAGGGAAGAUGAAACUUCAACACCUGAAAAUGCAAGUUCAAAGAACAAACAAAGGUCAUCCAAUCGUGGAAUGGACACUCACGAAGCUUCAACAUCCGCGUCAAUUCCCGUAAUUCCAGCUGUAAAUAAUGCGGUGAACCAAUCUCCUUUAUUGCCGCUACCUGCUCCAUUCUAUGGACCUCUGCUGCCACCACCACAGAAGAUGAUGUAUGACUAUUUUCAACUGCAUCAACUACAACAAAUGCAAUCAAUGGUUCCUCCAUUGCCACCGUUCAUUCCGAAUAUGCUCCUAGACGGGAGUCAGAUCCCGUUGCCGUUCCAGCCUCCCUCGCAUGAUCAUCCGAACGCACGAAUCGAUGGAUAUAAUAAGCAGAGGCACCACAGCAGGGGUCAGGAACAUUCAGAUUAUGCGAAUAGAUCACGAAGAUAA